UAAGAAACAAGUAGUCUACCGAUCCAAAAAACCAAAUUAAUUUUUUAUACGUACAUUCUUUGAAGUUUGAAAUGAAGAGCACCACUACCACCGUGGCCGGCGGCCACCACCACCAGAGGAGGGCGGAGGUAGGAGGUAAUUAUAAGGAGGAAGCUGAUCCGGUGAUUCGACGAGAAAAGAAGAUUACCAGUACUGAUAAUGGUCAGCAUCAGGGGAUAGUUGGAGGUAAGAAAGUGGAGGAGCCGAACAAGAACAAAGCAUUGGAGAGAAAGUCAACGGAGGACAUCAAUCAAAGCGCCGAAGCUUUCAUUAACAAAUUCAGACAGCAACUGCUUCUUCAACGGCUCGAGUCCAUUGAGAACUACGAGCAAAUGCUUCGAAGAGGAACCUGAUUAUUCGUGUACUACUAUUCUUUAUUGAUCUGAUUUUAUCCUUGUUAUAAUCUUUUUUUUUUUUUUUUACUUCUUUAUCGUUAUUUUAAACUGUAUAAGGAAAGAAGAUUGUGUACGAGUUGAUUGUAUCAUGUGUUGAUAAUUACAUUUUUUUUUUGUGUUCAAAUUAUAAUAAAUAUGUACGUGUGAGAUGUAUAAUUAAAAUUGUCGAAUUCAAACUGUUUGUGAGUUUAUAAAUAUGUAACGCCUAGCAAUUUGGGACCUGGCCGUGUUGUAGUUUUUUUUUUUUUUUUUUGUUAGUCGCUAGAUAAAUCGUCAAAACUCUUAUAUAUUUUAUCAAAAUUGUAAUCAGAAAUUUAUUAUGGGUGC